AGGCUGUCAGCUGGAGGUCUUUUGUUAUCACGGCCAGCCGACAGAAAGAUGUCCAACAUGAGGACCGUCACUUAACUGGGACGUUUCAGGGUUUAAAGUCUCCUUAGCUGCUGAAAGACUGGACACACUGGACAGGACUUCAGGAUGACAGAAGGUCCCAGGAAGAGGAGCAGCAGCGGGGCCGGGGCCUCGGACCCCCAGGACCCCCAGGACCCCCAGGCUGGGCUGGAGAAAGAUGCAGCAGGAAGCUCCGGGGUGGCUCUGAAGAAAGAGAUCGGCCUGGUCAGCGGCUGUGCCAUUAUAAUCGGGAACAUCAUUGGAUCAGGGAUCUUCGUGAGUCCUAAGGGCGUCCUGGAGAACGCCAGCUCAGUGGGCGUGGCCAUCAUUGUGUGGGCCUCCACUGGACUCAUCACAGCCAUCGGAGCUCUCUGCUAUGCAGAGUUAGGCGUCACCAUCCCCAAGUCAGGGGGAGACUACUCCUACGUCAAGGACAUCUUUGGAGGACUGGCUGGGUUCCUGCGUCUGUGGAUCGCCCUGCUGAUCAUCUACCCCACUAACCAGGCUGUGAUCGCUCUCACCUUCUCCAACUACGUCCUGCAGCCCCUCUUCCCCUCCUGCUUCCCUCCAGACACCGGCCUCCGCCUGCUGGCUGCAGUCUGCCUGCUGUUUCUGACCUGGGUGAACUGCCACAGUGUCCGAUGGGCCACAUGCGUCCAAGACAUCUUCACCGCCGGGAAGCUCCUGGCCCUGGGCCUCAUCAUCAUCAUGGGCUUCGUCCAGAUAUGUAAAGGUCACUAUUACUGGUUGGAGCCGGAGCACGCCUUCGAUUCCUUCAGAGAGUACGACGUGGGUCACAUAGCGCUCUCCUUCCUGCAGGGCUCCUUCGCUUACGGAGGCUGGAACUUCCUCAACUACGUCACAGAGGAGCUGGUGGAGCCACACAAGAAUCUACCUCGUGCGAUCUUCAUCUCCAUCCCCGUGGUCACCUUCGUCUACGUGUUUGCCAACGUGGCCUACGUCACGGCCAUGAGCCCACAGGAGCUGCUGGCCUCCAACGCUGUGGCCGUGACAUUUGGAGAGAAAUUGCUGGGAGUGAUGUCAUGGAUCAUGCCGAUCUCCGUGGCGCUCUCCACCUUCGGGGGGGUUAAUGGAUCCCUCUUCACAUCGUCACGGCUGUUUUUUGCCGGAGCGAGGGAAGGUCAUCUCCCCCGUCUGCUGGCCAUGAUUCACGUCACACGCUGCACUCCUAUCCCAGCCUUAGUGUUCACGCUCAUCUCCACUCUGCUGAUGUUGUGCACCAGUGACAUUUACACCCUCAUAAACUACGUGGGGUUCGUCAACUACCUCUUCUAUGGCGUCACUGUCGCCGGGCAGAUUGUGCUGCGCAUCAAAGAGCCUAACCUGCAUCGGCCCAUCAAGGUGAGCCUGGUCUGGCCUGUGAUCUACCUGCUGUUCUGGGCCUUCCUGCUGGUCUUCUCCAUCUGGUCUGAACCCGUCGUGUGUGGUGUUGGUCUGGCCAUCAUGAUGACCGGGGUCCCCGUAUAUUUCCUGGGAGUCUAUUGGGAAAACAAGCCUCAGUGUUGUGAUAUUACUAUUGGUAAAGUGACUCGCUUGUGCCAGAAGCUGUGUUCGGUGGUGUAUCCAGUCAUGGAGGAGAAGGUGGAGCCUCCAAACAAAGCUGCAGCUGACGAGGAUGGAAGAAGCCCUCAGACGCCUCAACGAACAUAACCAACCACAGACAAUGUGUCUCACUUUGAGAGGAGAAAAUCUAUAAAAGACUCUCAGGAAGAUUAGCUCACACACUCACUGGUUCUGAACCACUGGAGGGACCUGCUCUGUUUUGACUGGCCUUAAAGAAACAUCACUUAGUUAUGAAACACUGAAACUGAUUUUUUUUUUUUUUCACAUUAGAGUUUAAAUUAUUGUCUGUCUGUCGUGUUCAGUAUGUUUGAAUCUGGGAAAUAUUUUAAUAUGCAAGUUGUAUGUAUUGUUCGACCUCAGCAUCACCUCACUAUAGUAACACUAAAAUUACAUUUUUUUCA